UAUAAUAUGUAUAUCAAACCUUACACUAUCUUACAUGAAGUAAUGCUUAGAAGCUACUUGGGCAUAAAUCGCAUUACAAAAUAUCUGAGAUCAGUGACAAGGAAAGCGGUUCUUUCAAAAAAUUCAUGGUCGAAAUGCAAUCGAAAGCUUAUUUCUUUGUCAAAGUUUAUAUCACCGAGGCGUUUUCUUUCUCGUUUUGCUUUGUUUUGAAAAAAAACCCCACUUAAUUAAACGAUGGAUAAUGGUGAAGCUCAUAAUGCUGAAGCUUUAGGUGACGCUUUGAAAAGUUUGCAACUUCAAGAUGAUAAUAGUGAAGCACGUUCAAAUCCUUCGUCUUCGAGGUGGAUAUCGAAAGAAAAUUUUGCUCUUCGGAAACAGAAAUUUCGAAAUUACAUUGACGAAGCAAGGCGUGCUAUGCAGAAUGGCAAUUUAGAGAAAAGUUUACUACUAUACACUAAGGCAAAUAAUAUACACAAGAGCGACAAAGUUGUUAGAAGAAUACAGAAGUUGGAGAAAAAAUUACAGGAAAUACUUCAAUCAGAUAAAAGCGAUGAGGAGGAGACAAGUGAAUAUGUUGUAGUAUCAAAGGGAUUUAAAGUACCCCAAAGAAUAUACAGCAAACUGUAUAGCCAUCAGAAAGAGGCCAUAGUUUGGUUUUGGAAGUUGUUUGAGGAUCGUAAAGGAGGAAUCCUAGCAGAUGAUAUGGGAAUGGGGAAAACAAUCCAAGUUGUAUCGUUUCUAGCUGGGAUGUUUUGCUGUGGUCAUGUAAAUAAUGCAUUAAUUGUUAUGCCAUUAGCUCUUCUUGCUAAUUGGGAGAAGGAAUUUAAAAAAUGGGCACCCGAAAUCAGGGUUGUUCAGUAUCAUGGAAAAACUCCUAAACAAAGAGGGGAAAUUCUUAUUAAGAUCCAGGCAUUUGGUGGGGUCAUUCUAACAACAUAUGGACUUGCUUGCACUUCUGCAUCAUUGCUUGGUGAAAAUAGACAUGGAAAUAGAUUUACUUGGGACUACAUUAUUUUGGAUGAAGGUCAUAAAGUCAAAAAUACUGCCAAUAAAACAACCAUUGCAAUACGUAGCAUACCUGCACAACAUCGUUUCAUUUUGACUGGAACUCCAGUGCAAAAUAACUUAAGGGAAAUGUGGGCUUUAUUCGACUUUGUUUGCCAAGGAGAACUUUUGGGAACUUCAAAGUCAUUUAAACAACAGUAUGAAAAACCUAUUGUUAGAGCUCGAGAACGAGAUGCUACAGCAUAUGAGAAAAGAAAAGGACAAGAGUUAUCAGAAAUUUUAAGAGAGCUCAUUGCUCCACAUUUCCUGCGGCGCACCAAAGACAUACUUGAGAUGAAAAAGACUAAAUCAAAUAAUGACAUGGCGGAUUAUGUGGAUGGAGCAUCAGACAAAGAAAAUGAGCCUGAUAAUACUGAACCAAAGACUCCAUACCUAACUCGCAAGAACGACUUUAUAGUCUGGGUGUAUCUUUCACAAAGCCAACUCCGCAUCUAUGAAGAUUUCCUCAGUAAAGAUCGAGUUAAAGAGGUUUUAAUGACGAAGAGAAGUCCUUUGGCCGAGUUGAAUGUGAUGAAAAAAAUUUGUGAUCAUCCUCGUUUGUUGUCUACAAUGAGCGGUGAAACUCUUGGUCUGCCAGUUGAAGAACUAGAUGAAGACAGUGGUAAUAAAUGGUGCGCACCACCCGUUCAACAGCUUAUUGAAGAAUCUGGAAAGCUUGUUUUUCUUGUUCAAUUAUUGAAACAGCUAAAGAGCGAAGGUCAUAAGACUUUACUUUUCACACAGUCACGAAAAAUGCUAGACAUUAUUGAGAAAGUUUUAAAGGAAAAGGAAAUAAAGAUUAUUCGUGUAGAUGGUACUAUUCACAAAAUAUUUGAAAGAGAAGCUCGCAUCAACUUGUUUCAAACAGAUCCAUCAAUAUCUGUGUUUUUACUCACAACUCAGGUUGGGGGUGUCGGCUUGACGUUGACUGCUGCCAGUCGAGUUGUUAUUUUUGAUCCCAGCUGGAAUCCGGCCACUGACGCGCAAGCUGUCGACAGAUCUUAUCGUAUUGGCCAGAAGCAAUCUGUUGUUAUUUAUCGUCUCAUUACGUGUGGUAGUUUGGAAGAAAAAAUCUAUCGUAAACAAGUGUUCAAGCAAGCAAUCACUAAACAAACGACCGGUUCUUCCAAAAAUCCGUACAGAUAUUUCACCAGUCAAGAACUUCGUGAUUUGUUUGUCUUGGACGAUACACGUUGUUCAAAAACCCAACUUCAAUUAGAACAAAUGCAUUCUGUUCACCGUGUGUCUGACACCGUAUUGGACGAGCAUAUAAAGUUUCUGCAAACCACGAGUAUUUUUGGUAUUAGUGAUCACGACUUACUUUUCACAAAGGAAGCUGUCGUCACUGACGAAGAACGAUCCGUUGUUACGGAGAUAAAUGACGUUAUCCGGGCACAGGUUCGUCGUCAGAUCAAGAUUACGGAUCAAGUUCCUAGAGUAUUCAAACCUGCACAAAGUGAUUCCCGUGGUUUUAAAACUCACACGAUAAGCAAGUCUCCUCCUAUUGCUAAUGACAUUAUUGAUCUAACUGGUUUGAAUGAGAAAGUCGAUGCUAAUGCUUUAGAAAAACAGUUUUCCACAAUUACCCUUGACAGCGACACUCCUCGUGAUUCACCUGACACUUGUAACAAGAAAAUAUGCGUUACUGUUGAGGAUACGCACGGUGAUAGUGAAGACAGACUGGAGGUUGCAAUCAAUGAAGUUUUUUAUCAAGGAGUAAAAAUAAACAAUAAAACUGCGGGCGAAAAAUUAAAUGCAUCUGACGUCGAGAAAAACGUCGAGAAGGAAAAUGUUUAUGAAGAUAACAAGACAAAAGAGGAUUAUAUUAUUGAGGAUGUCGAGGAGGAUGGCGAAAAUAAUGCAUCUGACGUUAGGAUAGAUGGCGAUUAUAGAGCAUAUGAUGUUGAGAACAAUGAUGAGAAAUGUACAUUUGACUUUGGCCAACAUGAUGAAAAUAAUGCAUCUGACGUUAGGAUGGAUGACGAUAACUGUAUAUCUAAUGUUGAGAAAGAUGAUCAGAACGGUACAUUUGACUUUGGCCAACAUGGUGAAAAUAAUGCAUCUGACGUUAGGAUGGAUGACGAUAACUGUAUAUCUAAUGUUGAGAACGAUGAUGAGAACGGUACAUUUGACUUUGGCCAACAUGGUGAAAAUAAUGCAUCUGACGUUAGGAUGGAUGACGAUAACUGUAUAUCUAAUGUUGAGAACGAUGAUGAGAAAAGUACAUUUGACUUUGGCCAACAUGGUGAAAAUAAUGCAUCUGACGUUAGGAUGGAUAACGAUAACUGUAUAUCUAAUGUUGAGAACGAUGAUGAGAACUGUACAUUUGACUUUGGUCAACAUGGUGAAAAUAAUGCAUCUGACGUUAGGAUGGAUAACGAUAACUGUAUAUCUAAUGUUGAGAACGAUGAUGAGAAUGGCACGUCUGAUGUUGAGAGUGAUGAUGAAAAUGGUACAUCUGAUGUUGAGAAUGUUGACGAAAAUGGUACAUCUGAUGUUGAGAAUGAUAAGAAGUAUGGUACAUCUAGUAUUGAGAGUGAUGAUGAAAAUGGUACAUCUGAUGUUGAGAAUGUUUACGAAAAUGGUACAUUUGAUGUUGAGAAUGAUAAGAAGUAUGGUACAUCUAGUAUUGAGAGUGAUGACGAAAAUGGUACAUCUGAUGUUGAGAAUGUUGACGAAAAUGGUACAUCUGAUGUUGAGAAUGAUAAGAAGUAUGGUACAUCUAGUAUUGAGAGUGAUGACGAAAAUGGUACAUCUGAUGUUGAGAAUGUUGACGAAAGUGGUACAUUUGAUGUCGAGAAUGAUAAGAAGUAUGGUACAUCUAGUAUUGAGAGUGAUGACGAAAAUGGUACAUCUGAUGUUGAGAAUGAUGACGAAAAUGGUACAUUUGAUGUUGAGUAUGAUAAGAAGUAUGGUACAUCUAGUAUUGAGAGUGGUGACGAGAAUUGUACAUCUGAUGUUAAGAAUGAUGACGAAAAUGGUACAUCUGAUGUUAAGAAUGAUGACGAAAAUGGUACAUCUGAUGUUAAGAAUGAUGACGAAAAUGGUACAUCUGAUGUUAAGAAUGAUGACGAAAAUGGUACGUCUGAUGUUAAGAAUGAUGAUGAAAAUGGUACAUCUGAUGUUAAGAAUGAUGAUGAAAAUGGUACAUCUGAUGACGAGAAUGUUGAUCAAAAUGGUACAUCUGACAUUGAAAAUGGUACAUCUGAUGUUGAAAACCAUACCAAAAAUGGUACGUCUUAUGUGGAAAAUGAUGACGAAAAUGGCUUAUAUGAUGUUGAGUAUGAUAAAAAUCAUGAUGAAAAUGGUACAUCUGGUGUUGAGAGUGAUGACGAGAAUGGUACAUCUGAUGUUGAGAACGAUAAGAAGUAUGGUACAUCUAGUAUUGAGAGUGAUGACGAGAAUGGUACAUCUGAUGUUGAGAAUGAUGACGAAAAUGAUACAUCUGAUGUUGAGAAUGUUGAUGAAAAUGGUACAUCUGAUGACGAGAAUGUUGAUCAAAAUGGUAAAUCUGAUAUUGAAAAUGGUACAUCUGAUGUUGAGAAUGUUGAUGAAAAUGGUACAUCUGAUGCUGAAAAGGGUACAUCUGAUGCUGAAAAGGGUACAUCUGAUGUUGCGAAUGUUGAUCAGAAUAGUAAAUAUGAUGUUGAGAGUAAAGAUGACAAUGUUGUAUCUGAUGUUGGGAAAGAUGGUGAGAAUGAAGUUCAGAAAAAUAACAAGGAUGGUGCAUUAGCUAUUGUUAAUGGUUCAAAGGUUAUAGAAAUAAAGGAUGAAAAAAAAAUUGAAAAAAACAGUGGAGGAUCAGGCAAUAUUCCAGAUUAUGAGUCAUCCCUUACAUACACAACAUGUUGCCCAACUUCCAUUCACCAGUCAACUUCAUUUAACAUUCGACGAUGUCCGUGUCUUUUGUCAUCGAACGAGAAAGAAGCAUACAAGAUGUAUGUUAUAAGUGGAAGACGCAGUCUUGAAGCUUGCCAAUACAAUGAUGCAAUGCAAAAUUUCGCUGCGGCUUACGAACUAUGCGACUGUGACAUUAGAUUGAGAAAAAAGAUUCAAGAAUGUUAUAGUUUGGCUAAACAUGCACGUCAAAGAAAAAAGUAGGACUGUUAUUUUUUUUUCUUUUUUAAUGUAGUUUCGUUCCCUGUGUCUAUUUUUGUUUAGUUUCCUAUGUGUUUUUUUUUCCUUUAAUCAGUUUUUUAUCUGGUUAGUACCACGCUAGUCUAAAGGGGAUGAAGGGCAGGCUGUGGAAAAUUAUUAAUUUGGUUGGUAUAUAAACAACACAAAUAGAAAGCUCUCUACUAGAUAAAUUAUAUUAAAUGGUAAAUAAAUAAAUCGAAGUCUGGAUAGCGAAAAUUUCAAAUUUGUAAAAAAGGUGUGUGUAUUUUUCUUACAAAGAAAUUUUGUAAUCUUCGAAACAAUAUUUUAUUUCAGUAAUUGCACAGUUCAAAUCGUAUAUUAUUUUUUAUGAACGUUUAAAAAAAAUCUGCUAUCUAGUGGAUAGCGCAAUUAGGCCUCCGUGCAACGGGCGCCAGAUGAUUGUAAUAAAUUGCUAAAUGCCAUGUGAA